AUGGGCCGCCCUCGCUUCUCGGACGAUGGCCCUCCCGGUGGCAACCCGGGGACUGACGGGGACUACCACGACCGCCACCACCCCCGCUCCCACCGCUCUGAGGAGGAGGGCUCGGACGACUCGCGCUCCUGCUCUCUGUCGCCGUCGCCCCCACCUCCUACCGCUGGGAUCCGUGGGCGCCAGGCCAUGCUCGCCCCCCUGUCCGCCACGUCGCUUCCCCCGGGCGUCCCCGCGGACCCGGCGGCCGAGCCCUUGGAGGGGAGUGAUGCCUCUAGUGUCGGCCUGGUGGUGUUCCCGGCGACCUCUCCGCGCUCUCCCGCCGACCUCUCCACCGGUGGGCCGGGACUGGAUGAUGAUCCGGCCCCCUCCUCGGUCUCGCCGGGCCUUGUCGUGGACGUCCCCCCUCCGGCCCUCCUCCCCGCCGAGCCACCUGCUGAGGCUUCGCCCCCCCCUCCGGACUCGUGCGCCCCUACGGGGCCCCCGCGGAUGACAUCCCACCUCCGGCAGCGGACCCACCUCCUGCUCCGCUGCCGGUGGUGGCUCUGA